AUGGCGGCCCCGAAGAAAAGCGUCGUCGUAACAGGAGGUGCAUCAGGGAUUGGACUUGCAAUCUCACGCUCCUUCGCCGAACAAGGAGCACACGUUUCGGUGCUGGACGUGAACCCGGACGGUGCAGAGAUUGUGCAGCAACUAACAUCCGAAAUCCAAAAUGGGAGUUUCACGUUCAAAAAGGCCGAUGUCUCCAACUGGGACGAGCUGGCCUCGGCUUUCGAGCAGGUUCACCAGGAACAAGGGCGGAUUGAUGUGGUGAUGGCCAAUGCGGGCAUUUCCAGAGAGGGAUCGCUCAUUGUCGACGAAGAGAAACCGUCCAAGCCAUCCUUGAAGACCCUGGAUGUCAACUUGACUGGGACUAUAUAUACUGUGAAGUUGGCGAUUCAUUACAUCAGAAAGAAUGCCGUGUCGGGGAAUGGUGCGACGGCAUCUAGAGGAUCAAUCGUCUGCACAGCCUCGAAUGCCGGCUUAUAUCCAUUUCCUGUGGCACCGCUUUAUGCCGCUUCCAAGUUUGGAGUUGUCGGGUUUGUUCGGUCGCUCGCUCGACCGCUUCUCAAAGAGUCUAUCCAGAUCAAUGCGCUGGCGCCCGCUGUUCUUGAAACCAACAUUGCUCCCAGCAAAGACCUCUUCAAACCGAUGAUCAUCACGCCCAUGUCCACCCUGACGAGAGGAGUGGCACAGCUGGUGUCUGACCCGUCGCUGACGGGACAAAUUGCCGAGAUCCAUGGUCAAAACGUCACGUUGAGGGAGGCAUUGCCCUACAUUGAUGAGGACACGGGCAAGAACAUCGAGACGUUCUGGUCUUUGGGCUAUGCUUGA